AUGAUUUUAGAAAUAUUUUUUGUUUUAAGUUCAUCUUCUGAUACGACUGUUGGGAAUGAUUCUCUUUCCUUUAAUCAAUCUUCUUCUUCAUUUGAAUCUGUUGGGGUUGGCGGCGCCCCUUUUCGUCAUCAAAGCGGUGAAAGUACAACUACUUCUAUCCAACCUCCCCCAACAUCCCCUCAACAAGAAUUAUUAACAACACAACAAGAACAAAAUUUACGUAUUUUAGCUCAACAACAUCAAAGAAAAGUUGCUGCAGCAGCGGCGGCGGCAGCUUUGAUAUUAGAGCAACAACAACAACAGCAAAGAGUUUUAAUCCCUCAAUCAGGAAAUUUUGGAAAUUUUUCUGCUUCACAUUCUGGCAGUAGUGGAUGUAGUAAUAAUAGUAGUGGAUUUCAAUCAUUGGGAAGUUUUUGUUCUUCUUCAUCUACAACUACUUCAAUAGAACAACAACAACAUUUAACUGGACUAAAUUUAUCUUCAUUACCUUCUGUCCCUGCUCCAACAAUGCUUAAUAAAUUAUUUGGAGGAAAUAAUUCUUCUUCUUCUUCAACAACUUCUGCUUCUUUAAUUAGUCCAAUUACAGCAGCCGCUGUUUGUAUGUUUCAACAACAACAACCGUUAAUUCAACCAACGCCUGUAGAAAUUCCUCGACAAUCAGAGGAAAAACAACAUCAACAAACACAUUUCGGUCUUCUCUCUACAAUAUCACCAGAAUAUGAUUCAGCUGCUUCUGCCCCAAGUGUUGAGCAAGGAGAGAUUAUUAAUUAUUGUGGGUCAACAUCCUCAUUAACUGGACAGGAAGAUCAAUUAUCAAAUAAAAAAGAAGAAUUGCUAACUUCCUCCUUUUCUGGCCAUCAUUUUACUUCAACAGACCGCCAAUUAUUUUCCCAAGCAGUGAUGAAUUUUUGUUCUCAAGAUUUGUUAAAAUGGGAAAUUGUUGAAGGGGAAGGGUUUCAAAAUUUGGUUGAAACUUUAAUUUUUAUUGGACGCCGAUCCUCUACGGGUAUUUCUUCUUCUUCAACAACAAUUAAACAACAAUUUGAUCCAAUAAAAAGGCAAUUAAUUCAAACAGGAAAUCAAAUGAAAAAAAUAUUUUUAUCCCAAGAAAAGGCUAUUUUUCAAUCAACUAAAAAUGACCUUGAACAAAUUAAAAAUGUUGGAAUUUCAUUAAAUUGUCAUCAAAUAGAAUUUGGAGGGGAAAUACAAUUAGUUAUUUCAAUUAAUUAUAUAACUGAUGAUUGGAGAAUUACUCAAAGAAUUCUUAAAGUUCAAACUUUAAAAGAAUUAAAAACUAAUUAUUGUAACAAUCACCAAUACCAACAAACAACAUCAACAAUAACAUUUCAAAUAUUUAGUCAAUUUAUUUUGGAUAUUUUAAAAGAAUUUAAAUUAGAUAAAAGUCCUCUAAUAACAAUUACAAUUGAAGAAAAUAUUAAAAUAUUUGAAGAAGGAGAGGAGGUUGUGGAGGAGAAGGAAGAGAAAGAAUUGAUUAAAACAAAAUUAUUAAAUAAUUUUUCAUCAAAAAAUAUAACUCCUCCAAAUUUAUUUUUUAAUUUAAAAGAAGAAUUAAAUAAUAUUUUAAUUAAAUGUUUAAAUAACCAACAAUUAAUUAUUAAAUUAAUUUAUUUAUUUAUUCGAAUAAUUGAAGUUUUGGCUAAAUCAGAUUUUGGGUGUGGACAGUUUCUGGAAUUGGAAAAUUUGGAAAAACAAAUAAAACAACAAACAACUAAAACAAAAUUUGAUUUUACAAAUAUUAUUUACCCUUCAAUAAAAUUUAUUCGAGAGCAUUGUUCUGAUAUUUUAACAUUUUUGGAGGAAGAAAAAAUUGAAAAUGAAGAGGAAGAAGGAGGAGAAAAAGAGGAAAAUAUAAAUUUAUUUAAAGAAUUUAGUGAAAUUAAUUGGCAAAUAAUUUGUGAAUUGGAGACUUUUUUGGAACCUUUUUAUGAAACUUCUCAAAUAUUUUUAGAUUUAAAUAAACCACAUUUCCAUAAGAUUUUGCCUGAAUUGUUUGCUUUAAUACAUGAAUGUAAUCAACAAUCAACAAUUAAAGAAGAAGAAAAAGAAGAAGGAAUAUUUUCUUUAGCUUCUGUUCGCCUUUCUGCUACUUUAUAUUUAAAAGAAUGGGCAAAUAAAAAUAUUUGUUUGGAACAUCGAGUUGCGACAGCAUUAAAUCCUCGUCUUCGUCAUUUACCCUUAAUUUGUUCAGAUUCUGAGCGUUUGUCUGUUUAUGAAAAAAUUCGUGAAAUGGCUAAUUUAGACAAAAAACUAAAAGAAUCUAUAAAAAAAGAAGAAGAACACCACCACCAACAACCUUUUUGUAAAAGACGGCGAUUUUUGGAUCAGUUAGAGGGUUGUUCUUUACAAGAAGUGAAAGAGGAAGAUGAAUUAGAUUGUUAUUUAAAAGCAACAUUUACGUCUUCACAGACUAGUGAUAUUCUUGAAUUUUGGUCUUCAAUUGGAGAAGAACAAUUCCCCCGUUUAGCUAAACUUGCACGUUUUCUUUUGGGUAUUUCUGUUGCUCCUUUACCCUUAAUAAAUAAAAAAGGAGGAAUAAAUAGUGGAUUAAAUUCUGAUGAAAUUGGAAUUUUGUUAAAUUUAAGACCAAAUAUUUUAAAUUCUGUAAAUCACCAAUUGUUGUCUCGUUAUAAACAACAACAACAAUAAUUCUUUUUGAGUUAGUUACUCAAGUUAAAACGUUCAGCAACGAGUCCUUUCUCCUCUUGUCGGCCGUUUGCUGUUCAUAAUUUGUAUAUCCCUAUAAUGGGAUGAAAUUCUCUUUUCUUUUUUUUUCUCUUUUUUUAAAUUUACUAAAUCUCCAAAUUUAUUUAUUUUAAAAAAGUUUUUUUUGCAAUUCUUCUUCCCUUUUUUCUUAAAUAAAUACUUAAAAAGUGCAUAUAUUUUUCUUUUUUUUCCUUCCAAAUUCGCGUAUAUACU